UGCUUCGUUGAGAGGAUUUGUUUAUUUGUAGGUCAAUUCAGGUGUUUGGGAGGAGAUUCGUCGUCGUCGUCUCGUUGGGGGGGGAAGAGAAGAGGAUGGGGAAGCAGCCGGUGAAGCUGAAGGCGGUGGUCUACGCGCUGUCGCCGUUUCAGCAGAAGAUAAUGACGGGACUCUGGAAGGAUCUCCCGGAGAAGAUCCACCACAAGGUCUCGGAGAAUUGGAUCAGCGCCACUCUCCUCGUCACUCCUGUCCUCGGAACCUACUGGUAUGCUCAGCACUUCCAGGAACAGGAGAAACUGGAGCACAGGUUCUGAACCAUCAUGUGUGUGAAAGCCAAUCUUCUGCGUCUGUGAUUUUCUGAAACCUCUUUAUUGCCAAAAUAAAUGUCUAGAUUUUAUGAUAAUCACUGUUGCUGUGCAUCUUUCUUGAUAUCAUAUGGAAUUGAAUUGAAUUGUAUUCUCUAAUGUUUCUAGCUUUGCUCCCUUUAAAGUUAAAAAUCCAACUAGUGAAUAUGCUAGUCAAACAUAUAAGAGACAA